AGUUAGACGUCAGGUUUGAAGGAAAGCAGUGAAUGUGCAUUUUAGUUGAAUUAAUCAAAACUAUUUAUUACUCUUGAUUAAAAAUCAAAAUAUGGGUUCCAUUAGAGCAAUAACCGAUGAAACACAUUUUCAAACUGAAUUAACAAAUGCUGCCACUAGACUUGUAGUCGUAGAUUUUACUGCAACCUGGUGUGGACCAUGUCAGAGGAUAGCUCCAAUUUUCCAACAACUAGCUGCAAAAUAUCCCAAAGCUGUGUUUCUAAAAGUAGAUGUUGAUCAGUGCCAGGAAACUGCAGCUGCUCAAGGUGUUUCAGCUAUGCCAACCUUUAUUUUUUAUCGUAAUAAGACUAAAGUUGAUCGUUUACAAGGAGCUGACCCUACAGGUCUUGAAAAUAAGAUUCAACAAUACUAUGGAUCAGAUGAUUCAGAAGAAGGAGAAAGUGUGGCAGGACAUAUGGACUUGUCACCAUUUAUUACCAAAGCUGAAUGUGAAUGUUUGAAUGAAAGUGAUGAACAUCCUUUUACCCAUUGUCUAACCUCUGGAGGCGGCUUUUUGCAAUCUGAUUGUGAUGAACAGCUGAUAAUAUCCAUUGCAUUCAAUCAAUCCGUCAAAAUACAUAGUUUGAAAAUUAAAGCACCAGCAGAUAAAGGACCCAAAAACAUAAGAAUUUUUAUUAAUCAACCAAGAACAUUAGAUUUUGAUUUAGCUGAUGGUUAUACUAGUGUCCAGGACAUACAGUUAACUCCUCAAGAUGUUGAAGGGAAUCCAGUAAACUUGAGAUACGUGAAGUUUCAAAACGUCCAAAACAUUCAAUUCUUUAUAAAAGAUAAUCUUGGAGGAGAUGAAGUAACUCAAAUCGAUCAUUUAGCUAUAAUCGGAUCACCGAUAAGUACAACUAACAUGGGCGAUUUCAAGAGAGUAGCAGGAAAGAAGGGAGAAAGCCAUUAGUGCAUUUAUUUUUACGAUCUAAAUAAAAUAUCUACUUUAGGA